GCGGACGCGGCGGCGGCGCGGUUCGGCAUGCUGACGCGGUUCCACGCGGGGUACUUCCGCAUCAGCCUGGCGCUGUCGGGGCAGGCGCUGCUGUGGCGGACGCUGAGCGACUCGUCGACGGACCCGAGGGCGCUGGGGCCGGUGGUGCGGUCGCUGCCGUCGGCGGCGUUCGUGCUGCUCUGGUCGCUGGCGCUGCUCACGCUGGUGGCGCUGUGCGCGCUCUACGGCGCGCGGUGCCUCCUCCGGUUCCCGGCCGUGCGCGCCGAGUUCCGGCACCACGUCGCCAUGAACUACCUCUUCGCGCCCUGGAUCUCGUGGCUGCUGCUGCUGCAGUCGGCGCCGUUCCUGCGCCCCGACGCGCGGUGGUACCACGCGCUCUGGUGGGCGUUCUCGCUGCCCAUCCUCGCACUCGACGUCAAGAUCUACGGCCAGUGGUUCACCCGGGGCAAGAAGUUCCUGUCCAUGGUGGCCAACCCGGCGAGCCACAUCACCGUGAUCGGGAACCUCGUCACGGCGCGGGCGGCGGCCAGGAUGGGCCGCCACGAGGUCGCCGUCGCCAUGUUCUCCGUCGGCGCCGCCCACUACCUCGUGCUGUUCGUCACGCUGUACCAGCGGUUCCUCGGCUCCGACUCGCUGCCGGCCAUGCUCCGCCCGGUCUUCUUCCUCUUCUUCGCCGCGCCGAGCAUGGCGUCGCUCGCCUGGGACGCCAUCUCCUCCUCCUUCGACACCUGCUGCAAGAUGCUCUUCUUCCUCUCCCUCUUCCUCUUCGCCUCGCUGGUGUCGCGGCCGGCGCUGUUCAGGAGGGCGAUGCGGCGGUUCAGCGUGGCGUGGUGGGCGUACUCGUUCCCGCUGACGGUGCUGGCGCUGGCGGCGGCGGAGUACGCGCAGGAGGUGCGGGAGGCGGCGGCGAGCGCGCUCAUGCUCGCCCUGGCCGUCCUCUCCGUCGCCGUCACCCUCGCGCUCAUGGUAUUCACCGCGCUCCGCACCAACGACCUGCUCCCCCACGACGACCCCUUCUCCGCCCUGCUGCCCCCCGCUCAUCACCGUCAUGCUGCUGCACAUUCUUCCUAGCUAGGAUCGACCCACCUGCUUCAGCUCAUCAGCUACUAGCAUAUAUAUACAGAGCAAGAUGAGGUGAGUACGUAUAACCUGUUAAUUAGGAAGUCACCCUCAUGCAAAUACGUGCAAUUAUUUGAAACCGUCUCUUAAUCUCUUUUGUUGAACAUAUAUACUUAUAUAGUUGUGGGAUCGAUGAAGUAGCCCAGGACGAGAGGGCUUGUUUGCACUGAGCCACUCCUCUCUCUCUCCGUCUUUUGUUUGUUUGUUUGUUUUUAUUGACUUGUUGAAAUUUUGGGCGCUUGUAUACUAAUUUGUGACGCCCGUUGUUAAGAUCUUCUCAUAUGAUGUUCGUUCAUGUUACUUUGUGUUCAACGUUAUUAAUCAUACAAAAACGACAGAGCCAUUCUGCCACGGCCAGUAGAUAGACAAUGUUAAAGUAUUUUUACUGUUAAAUUUCUUAUACGUCGAGAUACAGAGUAUUCAGACGUAUUAAACUUUAUACUGAAAAAA